ACGGACUUACAGACCGUGGCAAACCAUUUCCAGACGCUCGACAACCCGCCAAAUCGACCAUAUCGUAAGUCUAUCAGCUUCACCUUGCUCUACACGGUCGGCGAUGACAUGACGGUGCUCGUGCUUCUUUAUAGCAUACGUAGUUCGCAGUUCGGCACAUCGCCGGCUAGAUUGACCUCAUGGCGUGGGUGCGUUGGAAGCGUUCUCGUCUAUGUGGCAAGUAUCGCGACUGCCAUUCGUAUUUAUAACAAUUCCGUCCCUCACAUUCAUGCUCAUGCUUGGAGAAGGAGCUACUGGACUUAUAGGCUGGCGGUCGAAGUCUUUGCCUCGUAGGCUUGCGCAACAGUGCCCUAUCCUUUUGAACGCUCGUAAGUACCGCCACUCGGUGCGCUGUCGCGAUCGACAAUUUACAUCUUCACGUUGCAUAAUUAUGGUAUUUUACACCAUCAUGUUGCUUUUCUGGUCUGCCCACCGAGACUGGCGGCGCGACCGAGGAGCAGCGCACGACCAAAGAAUACGCCAAGCUCUUCAUGGACAAUGUCUCAAAGAGUUGAAAUACUUCAUUGACAUGUCUCAGGACGUGAUGAACAAGCAUAUAAUGGAUUUCGACACCUUCAAGUUGCUUGGAAGAGAAGACCUGGGUUUGGGGCAAGCUCGAGGAGAACUUAACCGCAGCAAGGUCAGUAUCAAGCUUACCGAACUGCGGCGUCAGGCUUCAGAACUCCAAGUCUACACCGUCACGUUGCAGGCUUUCACGGCGACACCUUCACGUUGCAUUCCGCAUGGCGCUGUAAUGAAGCCUGCUGAGACUUCAGCUCCCUCCCAUCCAUAGGCUGGUACCCCAAAUAGCGACCAAUCUGGCUUUCCCAACUUAUGCCAGAGCUUCAGCGCCGGCAGCCAUAACCUCUACAUUCGUAGCCACGCUCUAUGGUCAGCAGGCGC